AUACACAAAUUUUCAGAGACACUUGACAAUGAAAUCAGUCAUUACCAUUCACGCACACAAUGACACGCAGAAACCUAUCAAGAAAGCUAAAUAAUACCUAAACUGAAAUUGUUUUUAUCUCGUUAUUUUUUUAAUACGCAUAAUUUGACAAGUCCCCAGACAUUAUGACGUCAACGCUGUCUGGCUCGCGCAAGGCUUGGAGUGGGGGGGUUGAGGCACGCGGACAGAGAGGGAGGAGGAAGAAGAAGAAGGGGAAAAAAAACAUCAUCAUCAUCAUCAUCAUCAAUGCGCUGUUGGUGCGGGGGUCACGAACUAUGACCUUUAACAGAAGAAAAUAAUAAUUAUUUUUUAUGGAACAACCGAGCGCCUUAAAGCUGAGAGCGGCGUCCCUCUGAGACCUCACUAAUGACUCUACAUGAUCAUGGCGACCAACCUGAACCUGCUCUCUCAGCAGAAAUCAGACUCUGAGCAUGAGGCAGAGGGGUCAUGCUCUCCAUCAGAUCCAUCAGAUCCAGUGAUGGGUGAGUCUCCCCAGCGCUUUCGGGUCAUCUCUGCAGAGCCUGCCACAACACCACAGCGAAUACAGAUUGUAACCGACCAGCAGACGGGUCAGAAGAUCCAGAUUGUGACAGCGAUGAACCCGUCCAGUGCUUCAAAGCAGCAGUUCAUCCUGACAACGGCUGACAGCUCAGGGGCGAGCAAAGUUAUCCUGGCCUCACCGGAGACUCACAACUCGAAGCAGGUCAUCUUCACAGCUGCAGACAGCCUGAUGCCAGGAAGGAUACAGAUCGUCACAGAUCCAGUGUCAAUGGAGCGUUUGUUGGGACAGUCAGGAGAUCUAAGUCGAUCUCAGCCAGUGGAAUAUUGCGUGGUGUGUGGCGACAAAGCUUCAGGGCGUCACUAUGGAGCUGUCAGCUGUGAGGGAUGCAAAGGUUUCUUCAAGCGGAGUGUGAGGAAAAAUCUCACCUACAGUUGUCGCAGUAAGCAGGACUGUGUCAUCAACAAACAUCACCGCAACCGCUGCCAGUUCUGCCGGCUGAGAAAAUGCCUUAACAUGGGGAUGAAAACUGAUUCUGUCCAGAGUGAGAGGAAACCCAUCGACGUUGUUCCCCGAGAAAGACACUCCAACUGUGCUGCCUCCACCCAGAAGAUCUACAUCCGCAAGGAUCUCAACAGCCCACUCAUCGCUACACCAACCUUUAUCUCUGAUACAGAUACAGAUGGUUCCAGAUCCAGCCUGCUGGACCAGGGAAUGCUGGUUAAUAUCCAGCAGCCGGUUAUUCAGGCUGAUGGGACGUUGCUGUUGGCAACAGACUCCAAGAUGGAUUCUGAGCACGGAAACCUGGGGACGCUUGCCAAUGUUGUGACAUCACUUGCCAACCUGAGUGAUUCGCUGAAAGAAAGCCUGAACAAUGGUGAUACCUCAGACAGCCAGCAGGAGGAGCAGUCUGCAAGCGAGAUAACACGUGCCUUUGACACUCUGGCCAAAGUCUUCAACCCACCUGAAGCAGGGGGAGAACAGAACCUGGCUGAGAAGUCGCAUUGUGUCAGUGGGACUACCAUCCAGCUGAUUGGACGGGACCAAGAGACGCCCAUCAUUGAGGUGGAGGGACCGCUGCUCACCGACAGCCAUGUUGGUUUCAAGCUGACCAUGCCCAGCCCCAUGCCCGAGUAUCUGAAUGUACACUACAUCUGUGAGUCGGCGUCCAGGCUCCUCUUCCUCUCCAUGCACUGGGCACGCUCCAUUCCUGCCUUCUCAGUACUUGGUCAGGAGGCAAACACAAGCUUGGUGCGAGCUUGCUGGAACGAGCUGUUCAUCCUGGGUCUUGCUCAGUGUGCUCACGUGAUGAACCUGUCAACCAUCCUGACUGCCAUCAUUAACCAUCUGCAAAGCAGCGUCCAGGACGACAAACUUUCUGGAGAGAGGGUGAAGCAGGUGAUGGAGCACAUCUGGAAGUUCCAGGAGUUUUGUAACAGCAUGACACGGCUGGAGACUGACAGCUACGAAUAUGCCUACCUAAAGGCUAUUGUGUUGUUCAGUCCUGAUCACCCAGGUGUGGAGAGCAGCGGCCAGGUUGAGAAGUUCCAAGAGAAAGCCCUCAUGGAGCUGCAAGACUAUGUGCAAAAAACAUAUCCUGAAGACACAUACAGACUAACACGCAUCCUGACACGUCUGCCUGCCCUUCGUCUAAUGAACUCAAGUAUCACAGAGGAACUUUUCUUCACUGGUUUGAUAGGCAACGUCUCUAUUGACAGCAUCAUUCCCUACAUACUCAAGAUGGAGACAGCGGAGUAUAACAGCCAGGACUCGGACUCAACAGAAUGACAACACACCAAGGACCUAGAAAGUGUCAGUUAAGUUUGUAAAUCUCAUUUUCAGGUACAUGGUCUCUAGAGGGCUGUAGUUGAACUACAAAUCUUUGUUUUCUAACAUUACUUGCCGGAUUUGGCGUAACAUGGCAUUGGAAAACCAGGAUGGCCAGGAAUGUUUUCUGCACUUCAUGCUGUGAGUCGCUCUUAAGUACAUGGGGGAAAAAUAUUCAGUCAGCUGUAACUUCUCAACUGUUUCUUUUAAUAUUUUCUUCACAUUUCAUUGAGCACUUUGAUCCUCAUUGUCAAAUAGCCUGAAGUUUAAAUAAGCCUUACGUUCUGUGAUGUUAAUCAAAUACAUUUAAUUUUGAGUACUAGCCUUUGAUCCAAAAAUGUCAAAUAAAAUACCAAACACAGCCUGAAUUGUAAACAUCAGAUUAUGUAAACCUACAGGAGGAUCAUAUUGUUUUGGUUUCUUCUGCUGCCAGCACUUCUGCAGUCGGUACGUUUCAUGUUUGUGGCAAAAGUUUCAGACUCAAACACGGACGUCUCUAAUAGCCAAGAAAUUUAAAAUCACUUUCACAUCAGAAUAUAUAUAAACUGGCUUUGUAUGUUUUUUUUUCCCCUUUGAUGUUUUUGUCCAAGUAUUUUAACAAAAGCUAAUUAACAAACCUCACAAUUAUUACGUAUAAUCUAAAUGGAGGCCUUUAACUUAUUUUGUUUAUUUUACGACACUUACAGCCAGAUCACCCAUGUCCAUACCGUUGGCCUGAACUAUGGUUUAACAAGGUAAAUUUAGUUUCAGGUUCAGUUUAAGAUGAAGCGGAUUCACUUCUUACCUUGAUCUAUCACCAUGGGAACUCAUAGAAGAAACUCGGGCAGCAUAAUAUUAGAAAAACAGUAAACAAAGCAAUAUUAUUGCUGAAUACUGAGAAAAUUACAAUUAUUUCUUUAAUUGGUCUGAUUCUUUUUCCAUCAUUGUUGUAUAAGCAAAAUUAUGCUUUGAUCAUUUGAAUAUGAGAUUGAAAUGAACACUAAUCUUCACAUUCCCGGCAAUUGUUUUGGGAUUUUUUUAGGUACUAUUAUUGGUAUGUGCCAACAUUAGGAAUUUGAUCAGCAUUGAUCCGAUUAAAAAAAA